AUGGAGGAGGUGAUGGAGGAGGUGAUGGAGGAGGUGAUGGAGGAGGUGAUGGAGGAGGUGAUGGAGGAGGUGAUGGUGGAGGUGAUGGAGGAGGUGAUGGAGGAGGUGAUGGAGGAGGUGAUGGAGGAGGUGAUGGUGGAGGUGAUGGAGGAGGUGACGGAGGAGGUGAUGGAGGAGGUGAUGGAGGUGGUGAUGGAGGAGGUGAUGGAGGAGGUGAUGGUGGAGGUGAUGGAGGAGGUGAUGGAGGAGGUGAUGGAGGAGGUGAUGGAGGAGGUGAUGGAGGAGGUGAUGGUGGAGGUGAUGGUGGAGGUGAUGGAGGAGGUGACGGAGGAGGUGAUGAGGAGGUGA